CUAAACAUUUUCCAGCUUUGAUAAAGAAACAUAAGUCUUUUCAUAAGUCAAAUCGAUUGAUUAUUUUUUAUAUAAAUAAAUUUGUUAGUUAUAAAUAUUUGUUUGUUUAUUUAUGUUAGUUAUUGUCGUUACAUCAAUUGGCAUACAAUGAGGAGGUUGCUUUUGUUGAUCAACAAUGUCUGACCUUGGAGAUGAAAAGAAAACUUUUUUGGAACUUGGUAGGCUAGAUUUUAUCGACAGUUCCAAUCGAACUUGCGAUUUCACCAACCCAAAUUCCUACCUCUACCCAACUACAAACAGUUACCACCCUUUCCUAUUUGUCAAUCAACCAAAUCCCGCAAAACAAUCCCUGACUUCUUUCGACACUCAACGACCCGGACACGAACAUUUGUUGGGGCAAACAUCUUUCCUCGGCACUCCCCUAACCCCCCCAUCUCUAACGUCCUACCCCAACUAUGUUACGCAGCUGGUCAACAGCCACGGCGGAUUCCCCCAACAACUCCCUCAACAUCCGCAACAAACUGCCAAUGUUUUCGCAGCGUCACUGAUUGGUAGCGACGGCGCACUUGGUUCCAGCACCUCCGCACAGUUUCCUGACUCCAUGAGGAAUAGCUGGUAUACGUUUCCACCUUUCACUAGAGAUUCCACGUUUUCAAUUUCUCACAUACUGAGCGGAGAUUUGCAGCAGCAGCAGCAACCACAUCUACAGCAACCACAACCAUCGCAGACAACUCAACUUCCACACCAACAACAACACCAGCAACAACAGCAACAACGUUUUUUCCCAGGACAUCACCAAACUUCACUAACAGGUGGCAGUAGCUCUCUUCAGACUCUGGGUGUUUCUAAUCAAGUGUCCCUCUUAAAUACGAACAAUGCUUCUAUGGGCAUGUACGAUCCACCAAGGAUUCCCCUCAAUGGCAUGAAUAGAAGGAAGAGGAGGAUUUUAUUCAAUCAAAAUCAAAUUUGCGAACUUGAGAAGAGGUUUAAGAAUCAAAAAUAUUUGUCGGCGCCUGAACGUGAUCAGCUGGCGCAGAACAUUGGACUCUCUCCUACGCAGGUUAAAAUAUGGUUUCAAAACCAUCGGUAUAAGACGAAAAAAGGAGAUAAAGAUAGAGUAAGUCUUAGUUUUUUUUACGUUUAUUUAUUUUUUUAA